AUGAGGUUUGGUGAGCUUCAUUACAGGCGAGGCGUUAUAACAUACAGUAUAUCGCCUUAUGAAGUGAAUGCAUUCAAGGGCUUCUUCAGCCAAGGGUUUCCGAAUUUCGUUAGACGUUUUCGUGAGAAAUUUCUCGUGGUUGCAAGUCCCUUCAUUUUCACCUUCUCAAUUAUCUACUGGGCAAACGUUGAGAAUGCCAGAUCGAAAAGAAAGGCUUACUUGCAAAAGAAGAACUGA